AUGAAACCCGAACCUCAAACACUCGCACAGUUUAAACUCUGUCGAGAAGACAACAGUGGUGGUGUGAAGAUAGGCAGGGCCGCCGCCCUCUGGAGAGCACUUGAACUGGAAUACCAAUCUCACUGGGCCGACCUACAGGCCCAGUACUUCGUCAAAAUAUCCCACAUCAAUGUUGACCAGUACGAGCGUCAUAUAUCCAAGUAUGCAAAAGCCUGGCGCCGGCUUGUCAAUGAGAUCGACCUUCACGGUUGGUCUCUACCCGACCCCUUCCUUGUACAACGAUUUAUCAAUGGUCUCAAGACCUACGCUCAAUCCUAUGUCCAACAGUACUUAAAAACCCUACACCAGGGCCGCCCAAGGACGGAAGUCCCUGUUAUCAAUCUCAAUGAGCUGAUCGAUGAUCUGAUCCGCUACAAAAACAACGUUCUCAUCCAACAGGUCUCUUAUCAUGAUUAUUGUUGA